AUACCAUGAUUUCUAUGUAAUCUCCACUUAUGCAAUCCACAACAGUUAGUUACACAGUAUAGAUCACACUUCGUUUUUAACACAACACAAUAGACGUUAGAAUAAUGUGGAAGGUUCAGGCUUUGGUGGUACAUUUGCUGCUGCUCGGCUCCAUACUGAGCAUCUACUUCCAGUCCACUGUGCUAUCGGGCCUGAAUCGUGUGCCGGAUCUGCGUGAUUUGGGCCUGGAACCGCCUGCGGAUCGGCUGGUUGUCUUCGUCUCCGAUGGGUUGCGUGCGGCUUCCGUUUUUGAGGACAACUGCAGCAAUGUGCCAGACUUGCAAAGCUUCUUUGAGGAUUUUGUUGUCGUAGGCAUCUCCAAAGCCUCAUCCCCAACAGUCACCCGGCCGGGCCACAUCGCCAUGUUCGCCGGCUUCGUCGAGGAUCCGGCUGCAGCCCUUACCAACUUUGGCUGGAAUCCGACCAACUACGACACCGUUUUCAAUCAGAGUCGCAACGCUUUCGGUUGGAUGGACAAGGUGGUGGCCGACAUAUUCACCCAGCUGCCAAAUGGCGGGAAACCGCUCCACUUUAAAACAUUCACCAAAACUGACAUAUCCGGAAGGCUCAAGCACGAUGAGUGGGUCUUUCAAGAAGUGAAAAAGUUUCUAACCGACGAGGCGAACGUUGCACCAUUGCGGAAGGCCACUUCGGUGGUGUUCUUCGUAUACCUGGCCGACAUAGACUUUGCCGGACAUGCUUUUAAGCCCACUUCUGAUCGGUUUAGGGAAACACUGAACAAUACUCAGCGGAUAAUCCGGAAGACCCACGAUCUCUUCGAAAGGGCCUUCAGCGAUGAGCGCACAGCAUAUAUCCUUACUUCCGAUCAUGGGAUGGAGGACGAGGGAAAGCAUGGCGGCGGUGGAAAAAAUGAGAUGGAAACACCCUUUAUUCUUUGGGGAUCUGGGGCUAGCCCUCUGGCCCCCAAUGCUGUCAAAAACUUUACGGCCAACGAGGAGGGACUAGUUCUACCGCUUCACUACAUCGACCAGAUCCAACUGGCUCCACUAAUGUCCGCCUUGAUCGGUCUGGCGCCGCCAAUGAAUAACAUGGCCUUGCUGCCCAGGGAUUUCCUGAACGCCAGUGCAGAGUACAAGUUCCAUGCCCUCCACCUUAAUGUCCUGCAACUGCUGAAUCAGGCCAAGAUACUAAUACGUCGGCACGAGGACAGUAUUUUCUAUAAUUUUUUGCCAAAAUUCGAUGACCUGACCUCCCAAAAGAUUGAUGACUAUACAGAUGCUGUUAAAACGCUCCUGGUCGGGGGGCACAUUGGAAAGGCCACAGUCUUGAGUCAGGUGACGGGGAAGCAGGCACAGAAGUGUAUGGAAUACUAUCACAGCUAUUAUCAUACUCCCUUGCUGGUGAGCACUACGUUAUCCUACCUGGUGUGGUUCUACUGCCUGUUGGUGCAGCUUACUCGGGAAUCCACUCAGCCAAGGUCGACCCGCCAAGGAUAUCUUACGUAUCCGACUUUGAUCAUUAGCUUGGCAGGAUUACUGGUUGUGCCAGCGAUUGUGUUGCAAAAUGUUCCCUACGUCACGGCCUUCUAUUUGCUGCUGCCCUUGGGUCUCCUGGUGGUGGCCUUGGCGGAACGUCCUCUGGAAGGAGAUUCGAUUGCCUCGCCAUUUCUUCAUUUAAUUGGAAUCGUCUUGCCCGCCGGUCUGCUCGUCCUUAUGGCGUUCCAAAAUACCCAUAUUGGAAUUCUAUACGGGCUGAUCACGAUCUUUGGAAAUGCCAAGGCUUUCUAUCAACAAUCCUGGAAGACCGUAUCCUGGUUUCUUCUCGUAGUCUUGCUUACGGUUAUCCUGAUGGUCAAACAGAAUCCCUGGUUGGAUUGGUUAAUUGAUCCCAUUUACGAUUCUUUGAGAAACUCUUAUAUAGUGUACUUCAGCAUCGGGCUCUCGUUGCUUCGCCCCGUUUUCAUGCGGCAUAAGCUAAGUGUUCGGGUGUGGACCAUCAACGUGGCUGCGCUUCUCUUUGCAGGCUAUGGAGUCUAUCAGUGGGACAACGACGAUGACGUCUGCAUGUACGUGUAUGCCGUCUGCUGGUCGUACCUCGCCUACUCCUUCCUCUCGAUCCCAUACAGCGACGUAAAGAAUCCGAAGGGACGAGUGGAGCUGAUCAUAUUCAACAUGCUUACGUUGCACACUAUGGUGACCUCCUGCAUGGAGUCAAUCGUUGUCCAGAUCAUGGUCACAGAAUUCUCCUUGAACAUGGAGCUCUACCAUGAAAGAAAGCUGCAAAAAGAAAUCGAAAUUCAGGAGGAGGAAGGCGAAAAAAUCGAAAUUAUUGGUGAUAGUCAGGAAAAUAAUGAAGUGGUGGAACUGGAUAGCGCCGCAUCCUCAAUGUCUCCACUUAAGCACCUGAAGGAGUCCUACCGAUAUGCCAUUAUCAUCGUUCUGUACUUCUAUGUGUCCUUCUUUGGCACCGGCCACUGGCUCUUUAAUUUUACAUUCACAGCCACUAUUUCGCGACUCUUCCUCUCCAGCUUCUCUCUUCCACUGUCAGCCGCACUGAUCCUGCUGAAGAUUUUCAUUCCAUCCAUCAUUAUAAUGUGCUUCGUUUAUGCGCUGGUUUCCUUUGGCCGCAAGAAUGCCCGUUCCAUCAUGAUCUGUGUCUUCCUGAUGAACGACGCCAUGAGCCUGUACUUUGGCUUCUACGUGGACAAUCGCGGCUCCUGGAAGACGGUGCGACAGUCCCUGGACUACCUCCUAGUGACCCAUGUCUUUAUUAUUCUGUUACUGAUAUGUUCCUGGUUGGCCGAGGCAUUGGUCGGCAAGACUUUGGAGGAUAAGCCAGCUAACGUAAUCCAACCAACUUCUGUUAUUGCCAAUCCAUCAACUGUUGUGGGAGAUAGUCGAGCAUAGAACUUCUCGGACAGUAUGCCAACGUUAAUUAGUAUUAAGUUUAAGUUUCAAAAUUAAUAAUGUAAUUCGGUAGUCAACGUAAAAAUAAUUAUGAUUUCCAUAGGUAUGUUACAUGCCAUGAAAACUUUACAAAUAAAUUCUGUAUAUACUUUGUCUACCACAGUA